GCGCGCGGGACCCCGCAGCUGGCACGGCAGUCCUCGCCGGAGGAGCUGGCCUGCCCGAGAAUGUGUGACCGCAGCGGGGGCCGGCGGCUGCGGCAGUGGCUCGUGGAGCAGAUCGACAGCGGCGCCUACCCCGGGCUGGUGUGGGAGAGCGACGAGAAGAGCAUGUUCCGGAUCCCCUGGAAGCACGCGGGCAAGCAGGACUACAACCAGGAGGUGGACGCGUCCAUCUUCAAGGCCUGGGCAGUCUUCAAAGGGAAGUUCAAGGAGGGGGACAAGGCCGAGCCGGCCACCUGGAAGACGCGGCUGCGCUGUGCCCUGAACAAGAGCCCGGACUUCGAGGAGGUGACCGACCGCUCCCAGCUGGACAUCUCGGAGCCCUACAAGGUGUACCGCAUUGUGCCCGAGGACGAGCAGAAAUGCAAAGCAGCCCCGGGAGCCCCCGGCGGUGCGGGCGAGGCCCUGGAGAGGGGCUGCGAGGAGCUGGCCAAGGAGCCUUGUGUGGACGAUUACCUGGGCACCCUCAAGCGGAGCCCCUCCCCGCCAGUGGCCUGCCGGGGUCAGCCGCUCCCGGACUGGUGGUCACAGCAGCCGACCGCAGGCCUGCCGCUGGUGCCCGGGUACGCAGCCUAUGAAGGACAGCAUCCAGCCUUCUCGCAGAUGGUCAUCAGCUUCUUCUACGGGGGCAAGCUGGUGGGCCAGACCACCACCACCUGCCCCGAGGGGUGCCGCCUGUCCCUGGGCCAGCCGGGCCCGCUGGGCACCAGGCUGUACGGGCCGGAGGGCCUGGAGCUGGUGCGCUUCCCGCCGGCCGACAGCAUCGCCAGUGAGCGGCAGCGGCAGGUGACCCGGAAGCUGUUCGGGCACCUGGAGCGGGGGGUGCUGCUGCACAGCGGCCGGCAGGGCGUGCUGGUGAAGCGCCAGUGCCAGGGCCGCGUCUUCUGCAGUGGCAACGCCGUGCCCUGGCGGGACCGUCCCAACAAGCUGGAGCGCGAGGAGGUGGUCAAGGUCUUCGACACCAGCCAGUUCUUCCGAGACCUGCAGCUGUUCUACAGCAGCCAGAGCCGCCUGCCCGACAGCCGCGUGGUGCUGUGUUUCGGGGAGGAGUUCCCGGACGCCGCCCCGCUGCGCUCCAAGCUCAUCCUCGUGCAGGUGGAGCAGCUGUGGGCGCAGCAGCUGCUGGAGGAGGCCCGGAAGAGCUGCGGGGCCGGGGGCCUGGUGCAGCCCGAGGAGCCGCCGGCCGACCAGGUCCUCCGGCUCUUCCCUGAGGUGUGCACGGCCCACCAGAGGCCCUUCUUCAGGGAGAACCAGCAGAUCACCGUCUGAGGCUCGGGCCGGCCACUCCCGCUCCUCCCGGCGCUGUGGGGUGCUCCCGGCCCCACCGUCUGCCAGCGAGCGAGCGGGCGAGCGUGCGGGACUCCUGGGCUCGAGGGGGAGUGCCGGGCAGCUGCGGCCUUCGAGGGCGGCCGGGCCUGGCUGUGUCUUCCCUGCUGGCAUCGGGGGACUCGGAGCGGGCCAGGAAGACGGGGCUGUGGCUACCCGGCGGCCGAGUGGGACCCUCUGUUGAAUAAAUGCUUCCCCCAGCUCGCGGCC